UAGGAAGUAGUCAUGUUGGAGGGAUUGGUAGCCUGGGUUCUCAACAACUAUCUAGGCAAAUAUGUCAGUAACCUGAACACGGACCAACUCUCAGUAGCUCUUCUGAAAGGUGCUGUGGAAUUGGAAAAUUUACCAUUAAAGAAAGAUGCCUUGAAGGAAUUGCUGCCGUUUGAGGUCAAAGCUGGCUUCAUUGGCAAGGUCACGCUGCAGAUACCAUUUUAUCGCCCACACGUGGACCCCUGGGUGAUAUCGGUGUCCAAAUUACACCUGAUUGGCUCGCCAGAGAAACCAGGAGAUUUUGACGAAGAAAGAGAGAGGCUGUUUGAAAGAGAAACCAAGAAAGCGGUCUUAUUAGCACUGGAAGAAAAAUGGAAAAAAGAACGGGAGCAGGCAGCAGAGUCUUACUGGUAUUCAGUCACUGCCUCUGUCGUCACAAGCAUUGUAGAGAACAUCGAAUUAAAAAUCCAAGACGUCCAUUUAAGGUUUGAAGACAACAUCACAAAUCCUUCGCAGCCUCUUGCCUUUGGAAUCUGCAUUAAAAACGUCUCCGCGCAGAAUGCUGUGAAUGAGCCAGUGGAGGAGCUAAUGAGGAAGAAACAGCUGGAGAUUGCUGAUUUCAGCAUUUAUUGGGAUACUGACUGCACUUUAAUGGGAGACUUGCCACCGGGGGAACUGCAGGAAGCCAUGGACAAGAGCAUGGAGAGCCGAGAGCACAACUACAUCCUGGAGCCCGUGUGUACCUCCGCUCUUCUCAAGAGAAACUGUUCGAAGGAGCCCCUGAGGUCGCGGCAUUCUCCCCGGCUUGAGUUUGACAUUCAGAUGGAGACGAUACCUCUGAAACUUUCGCAGGCCCAGUACCGGCAAAUAAUGGACUUCUUGAAGGAACUGGACCGAAAAGAGCGGCAGCUUAAGUUUAGAAGAUGGAGACCCAAGGUGGCCGUAACUGGAAACUGCCGCGAAUGGUGGCUCUUUGCUCUGAAUGCAAACAUCGCUGAGAUCAGAGAGCAGAGAGAACGCUCCUCCUGGGAAUUUGCUUUGCAUCGGGCUCAAGACGCCGUCUCCUACACUGAUCUUUAUUACAGGAAGUUGAAAGAUGUGCCACUCUCUGCUGCGGAGCAGGAAGAGAUGGACCGGAUUGAGGACGAACAGACUUUUGAGGAGCUGAAAAUCUUGCGUGAGAUAGUUUACAAACAAUUCCACGAGCUGGCCGAGAGCAUCAAGGAGCCGUUACCUGAUACCUUGGGGGGAGUCUCUGAUCUGGAUCUGGAAGCCCCCACCACAUCCUGCAGCAGCAGCAGCAGCAGCAGUGGAAUGCUGCGGUACCUUCAGUCUUGGUUUCCUGGCUGGGGGGGCUGGUACAGCGACUCCCAGGAAGCAUUAGAAGCAGACCCUUUUGAGGGAUUGCUCUCAGAGACCCCAGAACACUGGAGACCUGAGGAAGUUGCAGGUGCCGAUGAAUUUUUUGACCUGAGUUCCGACGUCUCCAGCAUCAAGCACCCCUUCACAAAGAGGGACAACGUCUUUGCCAAGUUAAAUCUCCAGCUGCAGGGUGGCUCCGUCACCUUGCUGCACGCGGAGAAGCGCAGCCUGCGAGCGAAAGAAAGAGCCUUCAUGCAGUUGGAAUUUUCAGGAGUGACUGUCCUAGCAGAAUCUCUCCCCCGCAGGAACUCUUCCCUUUUCAAAGUUCAGCUUGGCAGCCUCUUCCUCCGAGACUUGGCAACGGAAGGAUCUAUAUUUCCAGUCCUGGUCUUCCCUAACCCUCAAAAAGAAGUUGGCUGCGUCUCUUCCAUCGGUCUCCAAGCUUCUUCUUCAGACAUGAAUAAUCAGAGCACUGCUGCCGACCCCGCUGUCCCAGUUUUUGAGAUGCUGUAUGAGAGAAACCCAGUCCGCAGCAGUUUUGAGCGACGCCUCGAAGUCAGUACCAGACCUCUAAAUAUCAUUUACAACCCACAAGCCAUUAAGAAAGUAGCCGAUUUCUUCUACAAGGGAAGGGUUCAUACCUCAGGUUUUGGAUACCAGUCUGAGCUUGAGCUCAGGGUGGCCGAAGCUGCCAGGAGACAAUACAAUAAGCUCAAAAUGCAAACCAAGGCUGAAAUCAGACAAACCAUUGACCGUCUGCUGGUGGGGGACUUCAUCGAAGACAGCAAGCGGUGGACCGUGUGCCUUGACAUAUCUGCCCCUCAAGUAAUCUUCCCCGACGACUUUAAAUUUGCAGAUCCAGUUUUAGUAGUGCUAGACUUGGGAAGAAUGUUACUUACCAAUUCUCGAGAGGAGCAUAAAAAGAAGAGCCCAGAGGGGCCGUCACUGGAUCUGAGCGAACUGAGUGACGACGAAUACGUAACGCCUCUCGCCACUCCUCCCAGCACCCCGCCUCCAGAAGCCAGUAGUACCAAAACUCCCGAGAUCGCUGGAGUCGAAAUCAGCGAAGAGCAGCUGCACGCACACUUGAUGAGUAAAAAAAUGUACGAGACCUACAGCUUGUCGUUCAUGGAUCUUCAGAUCAUGGUAGGGAGAGUGAAAGACAAUUGGAAGCAUGCUCAGGACAGUGACGUUGGCCCGACGCAUGUGGUGGAGAAAUUCAACGUUCACUUGCAGCUGGAGCGCAGGUUGAUAUACACUUCGGAUCCCAAGUAUCCCGGGGCGGUCUUGUCUGGAAAUUUACCAGAUUUGAAAAUACACAUUAACGAAGAUAAAAUAAUAGCCCUGAAUAACUGCUUUGGAAGGCUGAGCACACCUGAAAACGAAACCUCAAGUUCUUUCUUCGCAGAUAUGGACCAGCGUGGAAGCUUGCAUAGUUCGGUCGUGAAUUUGACUCAGAGUGUCAUCACAGUAGAGCAGCACACAAAGGAAGUCCUUGUCGAGUCGCAGCUGUUCUUAGCAGAGUUCAAGGUGAACUGCAUGCAGCUGGGUGUGGAGAGCAAUGGCCGCUACAUCUCAGUCCUCAAGGUUUUUGGCACGAAUGCCCAUUUUGUGAAGAGGCCUUACGAUACCGAAGUCUCGCUCACUGUUCACGGCUUGCUCUUGGUCGAUACCAUGCAGACAUACGGCUCCGACUUUGACCUCCUUAUGGCUUCUCACAAGAAUCUCCGUUUUGAUGCCCCAACAGGAAGUCUUCGAGAUAGCCGGCCACAGUCCCCUGUUGGUGGACCCUGUGAGGCCCAUCCAAUGGAUAGGAGAGGCUUGACGGAAACACAACCUGCAGCAUCGAGCAGUUUAUCCAGUGGCUUCCCCCCACAUGAUGAAUCCUUAAUUAAACUGGAAUAUCAGUUUGUGAGUGCGGAAUGCCCGUCUAUGAACUUGGAUAGCACCCUCCAAGUGAUAUCAGUGCAGAUGAACAACUUGGAUAUCAUUCUUAAUCCGGAGACCAUUGUCGAGCUGAUUGGCUUCCUCCAGAAAUCUUUCCCAAAGGAGGAUGACUCUAGUCCUCAGCCAUUAAUGACCGACUUGGAAAGAAGUUGGAGUGACCAAGAAUACUUCCAGUCUACCCACGCCCAGUGUACAGAAGUAGCAGUGGAUAUCCACUCGUUAAACAUACUUCUCCUUCGGACUGUUACGAUGAUAAAUGGAGAAAAGCUUGGCAGGAAGAUUGCAACCGCGAGCAUUGGGGGCACCAAAGUGAACGUCUCCAUGGGUAGCACAGUGGACAUCAAUGGGUCUCUGGGUUGUUUGCACCUUAUGGAUUUGACCCUGGACAACAUAAAAAACCAGUAUGUUGUCAGCAUUGGGAACACCGUAAGGUAUGAACAUUUCAUUUCUGACAUGGGCGACUUCAAGCCUGCGUUUGACGACGCCAGUAGCCUUCCAGACGCUUUGAGCUUCACGUUCGUCGAGCAGUCGGAAGAGGAAUGUUCGCUUCACCUCCGGAUGGCGUCUUUGCAUUACAACCACUCGGCGAAGUUUCUGAAAGAGAUCACCUUAUCCAUCGAUGAGCUCGAGGAGAACUUCUGCAGCAUGCUGAAGAUCGCGGCAACCAAGGUGACGACCGUCUUGGCCACUAAAACCGCCGAAUACUCCGAAAUGGUUUCUUUGUUUGAGACCACGCCUCGACCGAAGGACUCUUUUUACUUUGAAAGCAACGAAGGGGAGGAACUCCUGCAGCCACGCCCCAAAUGUGACACCAUCAAGCUGAUUUUGAACGUCAACAUCGAGUCCCCGGUCGUGUCCAUACCCCGUAAGCCGGGCAGCCCCGAACUGCUGGUGGGGCACCUGGGGCAAAUAUCCAUCCAGAAUUUUGUGGCGGGAGAAGACAAUUCGACAAGCGACAGGCUUCAGGUGGAAAUCAGAGACAUUAAGAUGUAUUCUCUAAACAGCAGUCAUUUGGCAGGCAAGAAAGAAGCAACCACUGAGAUGCUACAUGCAGUGCGCUCUCUGGGACCUGCCGGCAGCAGCAGUGGCAGCAGCCAGGAGGAUUCUCAUUUUACUCGGCACGACUUCUUUGAGUCCUUGCAUAAAGGUCACGCUUUCCAUAUCUUGAACAAUGCUACGAUCCAGUUCAGAAUGGAGAAGAUUCCAGUAGAGAGAGAUGCAGAGUUGACCUUCUCCGUGGCUGAGGAUGUUGAAACGUCAAGCAUCAUGAGAAUUGAGGGGAAGUUUGUUAACCCUUUGCAGGUGGUGUUGGCAAAACACGUCUAUGAACAAGUUUUGCAGACUCUCGACAACUUGGUUUGCAGCGAAGAUCUGACGAAGCCCUCCUCCGACUUCCCAUCCUCCUCCUAUCCCCCUUCCGGUUCUCCUUCUGCAUCACUUCGAAGCACAAGUUCCGACUUCUCCACGGAGAGGAAGGAGAACGGACUCUUCAGUCAUUCCAGUUUUUCUAUGGCUUCAAGCAAGUUCGCUCCUGUCAAGGAAGCGACUCAGUCUUUUACCCAGAUCCAAGCCAACUUCCAUAUUUCUGAGCUGCAGGUUCAGUUAAGUGGUGACCUGACGCUUGGAGCCCAGGGCCUGGUUAGCUUAAAAUUCCAGGAUUUUGAUGUCGAAUUUACUAAAGAUCACCCUCAUACCCUGUCCAUCCAGAUUGCCCUACGGUCUCUGUUGAUGGAGGAUCUUCUGGAGAAGAAUCCAGAUUCUCUGUAUAAGAACCUCAUGGUGUCCCGUGGAGCCCCCAAACCAUCCACUUUAGCUCACAAAGAAUACCUUUCCCAAUCCUGCCCCUCUGUGUCUAAUGUGGAAUAUCCGGACAUGCCCCGUUCCCUCCCUUCGCACAUGGAAGAAGCCCCCAAUGUCUUUCAGUUGUACCAAAGACCCAGUUGCAUCUCCCACAAGAAACAAAAAGAUGACGCGGAUUCAGGCUACCCCUUAACUCCCCCUCCUUCUCCCACUGCGAACAAGCCGAGCGCUCCUUGCGGGAAGAGCGAUUUUGACGAUUCUUUGGUGCACAUCAAUAUAUUGCUAGUGGACAAGAAGCACCCAGAGUUCUCUUCCAGCUACGGCAGGAUCAACCGCAGUGUGGAUGUUGACUUCAACUGCUUAGAUGUCUUAAUAACUCUACAGACCUGGGUGGUGAUCCUGGAUUUUUUUGGGAUCGGAUCCACCGCCGAGAACCAUAGCAUGAAGUCGCAGCCUGAAGACGUGCAGCAGGCAGUGAAGUCAGAAGCGAGCAUCCUGUCAGACCUGGAAUUCCAAGAUUCUGUGAACACCAAACUGGACCUGAAGGUCCAUUCCCUGUCCUUGGUUCUGAAUAAGGCGACCACAGAGCUUGCUAAAGCGAACGUCUCCAAGCUUGCCACCCACGUGGAGAUAAUCGAAGGUGACUUGGCCCUUCAGGGAAGCAUCGGGAGCUUAUCUUUAAGUGACCUCACCUCACAUGGGGAGCUUUACCGAGAACGCUUUACUACCAGUGGUGAAGAGGCACUCACCUUUCAGAUCCACAAGUAUGGCCGGCCCGAUCCCCUGCUGCAGAGAGAUUGUGACAUACGUGUGAGCCUGCGGAUGGCCUCAGUGCAGUACGUUCACACCCAGCGCUUCCAAGCGGAGGUGGUGUCUUUCAUCCAGCAUUUCACUCAGCUCCAGGACGUCUUGGGGCGCCAGAGAGCAGCGAUUGAAGGGCAGACGGUAAGAGACCAGGCCCAGCGUGCCUCCAGAGUGCUGCUGGACAUCGAAGCCGGCGCUCCUGUCCUCCUGAUCCCCGAAAGCUCCAGAUCCAACCACCUGAUCGUGGCCAAUCUUGGCAAGCUGAGAGUCAAGAACAAGUUCCUGUUUGCCGGCGCCGCGGGUACCUUCUCCCUGAAAGACAAGCAAGAUUCUGCUCAGUUUUCUUCACCCCUGGGAACGCCGAAACACAGCAUGAAGAAAACAUCAAGUACGGAUGAGUCCAAGGCGGCAGCGUCGAGUCCUUCUGAAGGGUUGUUCAUGAAACCGUCAUCUUCCGGACCCAAUCUGAGACUGAAAAGUGACGCCACGGCGAGUGUUUUAACCAAGCCUGCUAAGCCAUCCUCUUUGGUAGCCCCAGACAGUUCGGAGGAACAUGUCUGCCUGUUAGACUGCAUUGUGGUUGAUCUGCAGGAUAUGGAUAUUUUUGCGGCUGAACGAUUCCCCAGAGAAUAUUCAAAGGCCCCAGAGGAAACCAGAGUGGAUAUGACCUUCCCUUCCUGUGUUGUCCGGCAGACGGGCAGAAGCCUCUUGGCUGAACCGUUCCGACUGAAGCUGCAAGUGGGAAGAAACUUGGACAAAGAGAUAAGCCACUCAGUUCCUGACGUAUCCAUUCAUGGCAACCUGUCAUCGGUCCAUUGUUCUCUGGAUCUCAGUAAAUAUAAACUGAUCCGAGGACUCCUCGAGAAUAAUCUGGGGGAACCGAUAGAGGAGUUCAUGCGGCCGUAUGACUUACAAGACCCAAGAAUACACACUGUGUUGAGUGGAGAAGUGUACACCUGCGUGUCUUUCCUUAUCGACAUGGUCAACGUUAGUCUGGAAUUGACGAACCCCCAAGGGAAGGAUGGCUCGCUCGCCAGGUUUGACUUCAAGAAGUCCAAAUUGCUCUUUGAGAGUUUCUCCAAUCAAACCAAAUCCAUAAACCUGGUCUCACAUUCCAUGAUGGCAUUUGACACGCGAUACGCCGGGAAGAGGGCAUCUUUGGGAAUGCUGAACGUGUUCAACUGCAUCUUCCAGUCGUCCAAGAACACCAGCACCCAAGGAGCGAUACAGAUCGAGCUUCAUUAUAGAUCCACCAGGGAUUCCUCCUGCUUCACAGUUGUCCUGAACAACCUUCGUGUGUUCCUGAUCUUUGACUGGCUCCUGCUUGUUCACGACUUCAUACGGACGCCCAGCGAUACCAAGAAGCCUCCCAACCUCACUCCCUCCAGACAACGCAAUUACAGCAGCGAAAUGGCGGUCAUUCCCAAAGCGGUGAAGUGCGGGAUCGUCACAAAGCGUUCCUCUCCUCAGAUCUCUGCUGAAAAACAGUUGGAAGUCAAGAUCAAUGUGACGGGUACUGAAUUUGUGGUGGUUGAAGACAUGUCCUCUCUGGAUACCAGUGCCAUUAUUCUGAAAGGGACCACGGUUCUCACUUACAAGCCCAAACUGGUGGAUCGCCCUUUCUCAGGCAGUUUGUUUGGCAUUGAGGUUUUUUCAUGCCGGCUGGGAAAUGAGCAGGAAACGGCCCUCUCUAUCAUCGAUCCUGUACAAAUUCAGGUUGAACUUGUGGGGAAUUCUUCAUAUCCCAGUGGGUCCGGAUUGCUGGAUGCAUUCAACAGUGAAGACUUCCCGCCUGUUUUAGAGAUUCACUUACAAGCACUGGACAUCAGAUUGUCUUACAAUGACGUGCAGCUGUUUCUGGCGAUCGCCAAGUCCAUUCCGGGCCAGACCAGCAGCGCCGCGCCUGACGCUUCUGCCUCAGAUGGCAGAGCGUCCGUUUCUGCUUCUCCUGCUUCGGUAAAAGAGGUCACGGGACCGGCCUCAGAAACCACAGAUGCAUCUAAACACACUCUGGAUCCUGUCCUUGAGUUACAACUGGCCCGACUGCAGGAACUGGGAUUUAGUGUCGACGACUGUCGCAAAGCUCUUUUGGUGUGCCAAGGUCAGCUGAAGAAAGCAGCGAGCUGGUUGUUCAAGAACGCCGAACCUCUGAAGUGUUUGCCAUCGGACUCAAGUCAGCGAGAGAGCCAGGGCUCCACGGCCCUGCGCUUGAUUUCCGGAGUGGAAGUUAAAGCCGAGAGCAUCUGCAUUUGCUUCAUAGAUGACUGCAUGGACUGUGACGUUCCCUUAGCUGAAUUUACCUUUUCACGUCUGAAUUUUCUCCAGCGUCUGAGAGCCAGCCCCGAAGGCUAUGCUCAUUUUACGCUCUCUGGAGAUUAUUAUAACCGUGAGCUUUCCGGCUGGGAACCCUUCAUCGAGCCUUGGCCGUGCUCGGUCACCUGGCAGCAGCAGCCAGCCAGCCGCCUUCACCCUUCUCGGUUGAAGCUGGAGGUGAAAACGAAGCAUCGCCUGGACAUCAGCAUCACUUCUGUGUUAAUUGAGCAGUACGCUUGUACCAAACAGUCAUGGAUGGCAGAUUACUGCAAACAGGAGAAAGAAGUGGAGGCCAUCGAAUCCGAAGAAUGGAUGGGCUCUUCAGUCGAUCCUCCGUCGUUUGGGCAGGCUGAAAUGAAGGCUCCAAAGCGUCGACACCCUUUCGUGCCCUUCGCCCUGCGGAAUCACACCGGUUGCACUCUCUGGUUUGCCACAUUGACCACCACCCCAACCCGUGCCGCGCUCUCGCACAGCGGAAGCCCCGGUGUCCUUCCAGAGGAAAACGGCACAUUCCUCGAUGAUGCGCACAAAGUCAGCGAGUGGCGGGAAGUCCUGACGGGCGAAGAGGUUCCGUUUGAGUUUGAAGCCAGGGGGAAACUGAGGCACAGGCACACACACGACCUAAGGAUUCAUCAGCUGCAGGUGCGAGUGAACGGCUGGGAGCAAGUCAGUCCGGUCUCGGUGGACAAAGUGGGGAUUUUUUUCCGAUACGCAGCCCCCGACAAGAGCACGUCUUCAUCGACCGUUGGCAGCCCAAUAAGCAGGACAAACAUCAUCCAUCCUCAUGUUUAUUUUUCUUCCCUGCCUCCGGUCCGAGUGGUCUUUGCGGUCACCAUGGAAGGCAGUGCCCGGAAGGUGAUCACGGUGCGCUCGGCCUUGAUGGUGAGGAACAAGCUGGAGAUUCCGAUGGAGCUGAGGCUCGACAGUCCUUCCGCUCCUGACAAACCCGUCGUCCUGCCUUCCGUAAUGCCAGGGGACUCCUUUGCUAUUCCUCUUCACCUCACCUCCUGGCGCCUGCAGGCCAGGCCGAAGGGAAUGGGUGUCUUCUUCUGCAAGUCCCCGAUCCACUGGACAAACGUCCAGAAGGCCUCGGAGGUCAGCAGCAGCAAGCGAGAGUGCCACGCGAUGGAUUCUGAAAACAGUCGAUUCUUCAGGUAA